AAAUCUACAAGGAAAAAAAAUCCGCGGCCCCGUCUGGGUCCCGCACGCGGUUGGCGGGUAGAUUGAGAAGGGCCCCGCGCACGGGACCGAUUUUUAUUCGUCCAAAUAAUAAUUGUCAGUGUCAUAUGAAAUAUUUAUUAUAUGUCAUGUUUAUUUACAAUAAAAAUAUACUUGAUUUAAGUUUUAGACGAAAAUACUUAAUUUUUCGUUAUGGUACAAUGAAAAAUAGUUAUGGGUAAUCAUUUUUGAAGAUAUGCAAAACAAAAUCUUCGCUGCGUUAACACUGACCAAAUGUUUACAAAGAACAACUUCCACAAUCGUAAUAUCAACAAGAACAGCCGUGAACUUGUCCUACAAAGUACUGGGAGCAAAUACUGCAGAUCCAGAAAAAACGCCUAUCAUGUUAAUUCACGGUUUGUUUGGAAAUAAAAGGAUUUGGCAUUCUAUGGGGAAGGUUAUGAAGAAUACCAUGAAACGCUUGGUCAUCACAGUGGAUUUGAGGAACCAUGGCGUCAGUCCGCAUACCAAGUCGCACACGUAUGAGAAGAUGGUGGGAGACAUCCAGCGAUUGUACAAGAAACUCUCGAUUAAUGAGGCCUAUCUGGUGGGCUAUUGUAUGGGUGGUAUGACAGCGAUGGUUAUGGCCCUCUUAGCGCCAGAGCAAGUCGCUGGAUUGAUCGUCGUGGAAGUCUCACCUGCAUCUACUUCACCUAUUUUCGAGUCUCAUUAUUACGAAGUAAUGAAAGCCAUGAAGGCAGUUGAGUUCAAAAGUCCUAAAAACGUUCGGAAAGCGAGAAAACAAGCCAAAGAGCAAUUGCAAAACUUAAUUAAGGACGACCACGUGAUGACUGCAAUACUUUCAAAUAUCAAAAUUAAAAAAGACAAUACUAUUGGAUGGACCUGCAACCUCGACGUGCUUCUGAAACAUUUCAAAUAUAUGACUGUGUUUCCGGCGUCUUUGAAAGGGAAGAAGUAUCGAGGACCGACGCUGUUUAUAGGCGGACAGAUAUCAGACUUCAUUCCCCCAGAUGAUCUUACGAAAAUCCGAAUGUAUUUCCCGCAAGCGAUCGUCCACUACGUGGCGAAAACGGGCCAUUUCAUCCACGUCGAUGACCCAAAGAGCUUCAUGGAACUAGUCAUGAAAUUCGUAAAGCAAUCGUCAUCAUCACAAUUAAAUGGCAUGGAUUCAUUAUGCUAUGCCGUAAAAAAAAUAUUAAAAUUUAGACUCAAACCCUUAACAAGUCACAUGGUGAAACGGGGGGCCGUUAAUUUAGCCUACAAAGUCCACGGAAAGCAGCCGUCAGAUGGGAUUCCUGUGAUCAUCCUCCACGGGCUUCUUGGAUCUAAGAGAAACUGGGAAUCAAUGUCAAAGAAAAUAGCAUCAGAGUUGAAUAAAUCCGUAGUGGCAGUGGACAUUCGAAACCAUGGGGAGAGUCCCCACGUAGGGUCCCACACUUAUCCGGAGCUCGCAGAGGAUGUGGUGCAGUUGUUGAGAACGCUGUCUGUCAGUAAAGCAGAUUUGAUCGGACACAGCAUGGGCGGCAGGACGGGCAUGGUGGUGGCUCUCACAGAGCCCACAAAAGUAUCCCACUUGGUGGUAGUGGACAUUUCUCCAGUGUCCACUGCUGGCAUCCUGAAUGAUUUCUUCCCCAAACUAAUUGACAUCAUGAAAUCCAGUGACAUUGAAAGCCAGCCUAAUAUAACAGCAGCGAAAAAUAUCGCGAAGGAGAAAAUCUACGCUUCAGGAUUAGUGCCUCCCAAUGCUCCUAUACAUUUCAUACUGAUGAACAUAGGAACGCGGCCGGACAAAAAAAUUGGAUGGAAUUGUAAUUUGGACGUGCUCAAACAACAUUUUGAAAAUAUCGCAACGUUUCCGAGCGAAAUGGCGGGAAAGUCGUUUGAUGGUCCCACGUUAUUCGUCGGUGGUGAAGAAUCAAACUAUAUUCCGCGUGAAGAUUUACCGGGCAUCAAGAACUUCUUUCCCAAGGCUGAUUUAAAAUAUGUUCCAAAAGCAGGCCACAAUGUUCAUGCCGAAGAUCCCAAUACAUUCUUCAAAUUAGUUCAGGAAUUCUUAACCAGGCGAUAAAUUAAUUGGGCUUUAUGUACAUGUACUAAUGGUACUAAUGUCAUGUUAUUUUAUUGUAGGUGUAAUAAUUCUAAAAGUAAAGUUUUGUAUUAGUAUAAUA